CCACUCCCUACUCCAUUUCAUUAUAAAUAAAACACAGCAACAGAUGUAUGCAGUUUCCACCUUUCUGUUGAUUUAGUUAUCUUAGAAGCUGACCAAGUUUCCAAGGAAUUUAAGUACAUAUCAGACCACAUUUCCAGAAAUAUCAUGGCACAGAACAAAUAUUCCCCUCUCUAUAUAAAAUGCUUCAGAAAGCAGCACUUUGGUGAAGCUACAAAACUAACCAAGUGACGUUUUGUAGGAUCUCUGACUUCUGCUGGUUUUCCCGUGUAAUUCCUCUCUGCUAACCCAUCUGCUCCAGUUAUUACAGCUUAGUUACAGAAGAAAUCACCGUAAGUACUAAUCUCUUUUUGUCCUUUUGCAUGAAACAAAUGUUUUCUUAACACAUUCAUUUUUAGAAAUAACUUCAAGUCAUUCAAGUCAGGAGAAAUAUUUUCACUGGGUCAGGAAUCAAUUAAAUACAGAGAUUAUAAAAUGAGUUUAAUUUUUUGAUCUGUUUUCAGGUUCGACACACCACCUAACAAAGAAAAUCAUGUUUCUCAGAGGUACUCUGCUGGGAAUUCUCCUUUUCAGCAUCCUCUGGACAGAAACUGCUUUGGCUGGGUCUAGUUUUUUAAGCCCUGAAUUUAAAAAAAUACAGCAACAAAACGAUCCAACAAAAACAACAGCAACAACACAUCGUCGAGGCACAGAAGGCUUUUGGGAUGCAGAUAAGACAGGGGCAGAAGAUGACAACAACAGUAUUGAACUCAAGUUUAAUGUUCCCUUUGAAAUCGGCAUCAAGAUAACAGAAGAGGAGUAUCAAGAAUAUGGACAAGCAUUGGAGAAGAUGCUACAGGACAUGCUCGAGGAAAAUGCUAAAGGUACUUUCAACCAAAUCAUAAAAGUGGCAGAAAUUUAAAUAUAUAUAUAUAUCAUCUAUAUCAUCUAUUUUGUUAUGUAAAGCAAUCAGAGCAGCAUUUUAGAAGUGAUUGGGCCGAAGUUGCCACUAAGAGAACCGCUAAAAUAUCAGAUGUUCAGAAAAUGCAAAGAACUUUGAACAAUCACAUUAGAGUACCUUAGGAAGUAGGGGGAGGCUUCCUUUCCUUACACUGCCCAUCUUUUUUUUUUUUUUCUUUUUUUCUUUUUCCCAAUGCCCUCAGUUCCCAGCAUUUCCAUAUUUUCUCAGCUAUGACUUUUCAUGCCAAAACGUGUAAAACAGUAUCUUAUCAUUAACUAAAAUAGCUCUAGCUGUUUCACUGAUAAACUUCUAAUGACUAACUCUCACCACAAACUGUUUGUUGUUGUUGUUUUGUUGUGUUUUACUUUUACAGCCUUUCUUUAUUUGCACUCAUCUAUAUCUAUAUUAAGCUGUCCCUUCCAAAUCUUUUAAGGUUUACGUCAGUCUUUGUAUCUGUAUUACACACUCCAACUAAAAAACACGUCAGGCUGCUUCUUCCACCUUGCUUUUCAUGAUCCCAGGAUUCUGCCCCAAGCUGUCUGUUCUUCUCUAAAGUCCUUCUGAAGGGCUACCUCUAUGGCCAUUAUACGAUAAGAUAGUUCUAUGCAUGCCUGCCCCUGUAGAACGUAACUCUGCGAAAGCCACCCAUCUUCUGUCUUCUUUUGAGCGCUUGUGGCACUUCUGGACAGAUGAUCAAAACAGGAUUUUCAGAAGAACACUACAAUUUUCAAAAUAAUCUAUCUUCUGCCUUUUCAGUAACUCCAGUGAAAAACUGAGGCAAGCUGAAGGACAACCACAGCACUCAAUGAGCUGAUUUAAGUUUUACUUUAAAAUGAAAUUGUUCCUGAUUUCACAGCUUUUAAGAAGGAAGUACAUGAACCUGAGUGGUUUGCCCUGACAAAAAGACAUCAUACAGAUGAACUGUUAAGUAAAAAUACAAGAUCUACAACCAGAAAUAGUACAGGGCAAUGUUAAUCACAGGCAGACGUGUAGGCUUAAUUUCUCCUUUUCUUAGUAACUACUGUGAUUAUUCUAAAUGACAUGCUUGAAAGCUAUAUGAAACUCUUCUAGAACUGAUGGAAACAUCUUCUUACGCUUCUGUACACUUCUAUAUUAGAAAAUAAAGCUAAUGCUGAAA